AAUUUUGACGUGAGUGAAUCUGAAUCUGAUAGAUCAACUGGCAAGACGUAAGCAUUGAUGGAUAUGUAGCAGGUUGAUGAAUAAGCUGACAUUAAACCCCUGUAAGGACCCCACCUAAGUGACAUUCCACCAUCCCACCAUCCCACCUGGGCAAGUUCCUGGGCAAGUUUAACCCCGCGAAUCCGAUUGUCGGAGGUAAGUCAUCCCUUUGGAAGUUACCAAAUUUCGAAUGCGCACCAAGUCGAAGGAGCCAAUGAUUUAAUUGCAUAUUCUCAGCUUAAUAAACUACCUAGGUUUUUCACCUUUCGAAUUGUUGUCCUCUUACAGUCUAAAAUCGAGAAAUUGAAGGUUUCGCAUAACGACAUAGACAUUAUAAGACAAUGGUUUCAUUCCCGCCGCCACCAGUCAACACCAUUGACUGGUCUAAUGUUGGAUUUCGGGUUCGUGAGGUCAAUGGGCAUAUUGAGUCUCACUACUCAGUGAAGACUGGCGAAUGGACGCCGCCCCAAUUCGUGACUGAUCCCUACAUCCGCAUCCAUGGCAUGGCCCCGGCUCUGAACUAUGGCCAACAAGCCUAUGAAGGCCUCAAGGCCUUCCGCAACCCUUCCGGCGAUAUUCAGAUCUUCCGACCUGAUCGCAAUGCUGUGCGGAUGCAACAUUCGGCCGAUGUCAUCUCGGUCCCUCCCGUACCUACCGACCUGUUCAUCAGUGCCGUGAAAGCCGCCGUUUCCCUCAACGCCGAAUAUGUCCCGCCUCACGAGACAGGCGCUGCUAUGUAUAUACGACCCCAAAUCUACGGUUCGAGCGCACAGCUAGGACUCAGUCCUCCCGAGGAAUACACCUUCUGCGUCUAUGUCCUCCCCACAGGCGUGUACCACGGUACGCAUCCGGUCAAUGCGUUGAUCUUGGACGACUUCGAUCGCGCAGCUCCGAACGGAACAGGAAACGCAAAGGUCGGGGGCAAUUACGCACCCGUGCUCAGGUGGAGCGACAAGGCCAGAUCUGAGGGGUAUGGCAUCACCCUUCAUCUAGACAGCGCGACGCAUUCGGAGGUCGACGAGUUCAGCACAAGUGGCUUCAUUGGCGCCAUCGUGGAUGGCGACAACGUAACACUCGUGGCGCCCGAUUCGAAGAGCGUGAUCCAGAGUGUGACGGCAGACAGUGUUUUAGACAUCGGCCGCAGCUUUGGAUGGAAGGUGGAGAAAAGAUCUAUCAAAUAUGCGGAACUGCCUAAGUUCUCCGAAGUGAUGGCCGCGGGCACUGCUGCGGCGCUGGUGCCAAUACGGUCCAUCACGCGACGCUUUGACCCUGCCUCACCUCAAUCCAUUUCCUCUGCCGGAGCGCACGCACGCUUGUCGACUGAGGGUGGUGUCGAGAAGGUCACCUACAUCCCUGAAGCGGACGAAGAUGCCGGCCCGAUUUGCUUACGGCUCUUGGCUCAGCUUAAAGGUAUUCAGCUAGGAAAGGUCAAGGACAAUUUUGGUUGGGUUUUCCCCGUCACUCGUGCGGAUGGGACGAAAGUGGCUGGCGAGACCAAUGGGUCGCAGAAAAAUGGAGAAACAGUCGAUCAAUUGGACUAAUUAUCUCAGUCAACUCAGACUGGUAAGUGGGAUUAGGCGUGUAAAUGGCGUAUGUCGACAUUCGAGGGCGACUUAGACUAUUCGAUCAUGGUUGUUUAGGCCAGGCAAAAAAAUCACCAUCUGGGAAGACAAAAAAAAAAAGAAAAGAGGAUUUCGACCGGCGAAAAGACUAAAAUAGACAAAUGGAGAUUCAAUUCUUUUUCUAUGAUCAAUUGGGAUUGACGCAUUAUCUAGUUUGCUGCUCAUAUAACACAACGUUUACAGCUGCCCGUGUUGGAAGUCGCAUGCAUAUCCGCAUAUCUUCGGGUCACGACACGAGCUAGACAAAACAACACUGCUGGCAUACAUACUAUACAUGUAUCCAAUCUAUUCUAUGCCGCUUUGGUUCUUUUAUGGAUAUAUAACUACUUCCUUUAACCUUUUUAAUCAAAAUGCGAGCCUAAUGGCCAAUAUCUCGU